AUGCUCCUCCCGGCUUCCAGGCGGGCGACCACCCAGCUCUCGCGCCAGCUGCGCACCCUCUACCGCCCCUUCUCCGUUUCCGCCACGGCCCGAACAACCGAGACCGUCUCUGUCACCGAGAAGAACGAGGCCAGUACCCCUCAGACAGCCGACAAUGCCGUCCCCAGGGACGUCCAGCAGGCGCCCAAUCGUGUUGGUAUCUGGUCCCGCAGCCAGAAGCCCAGGGCUGAGGCCAUGACCGGCCCAAGGUUCGAACAGUCCAACUUUGACCUCCAGCCUCAACCCGAGUCCGCCAUGUCCUUCAUUCACGAGGAGCCCGUGAGGUGGACGCACAGCCGCAUUGUCGCGUGCGAUGGUGGCGGCGGCCCCGCUGGCCAUCCGCGGGUGUUUAUCAACACCGACAAGCCUGAGAUUGCCUCGUGCACCUACUGCGGCUUGCCAUAUGCCAAUGAGCACAACCGCAAGCACCUCGAGUCUCUUCCCGAAACCGCCUACCCCCUCGCAUGA